GGAACCUACACCCUAGCUACUAGCGACUUAUCCGUUUCGAAUUUGUUGAAAUUUCGAAUUUGCUACAGGGAGGGGCCGCAGUGGCUUUAAAAGAUUAAUACUCCGCCGUGAUACGGAGCGGUAAUUUCUGGGUUGCGGAUGAUGGAAGGGGCUGCAGAAGAACCCGCAAACUGGGACGAGCUUUACAACAUCAAUUUGAUGCCUUCGGAGUUGUUUCUUAAGUUCAGGAAGGAACUGGAAGGCUUUCGUGUUGGCGUCAAUCUGGAGUUUUAUAAUGCUCCAAGCAAUGAGUACACGGCAAAACUGGUUUUGAAGCCUUCAUCCCCUGAUCGGCUAUGGAAAUUCUUCUAUGAGCCUUUGCAUCAUGAAGUCCGUGUUCUUUCUACAAAGAUCCCUGUAACAAAGUUUUUGAAUCUUCAGGUAGGAGUAGGCCAUAGCUUUCACUCACAUGCAAUUGGCUGGAAAUGGAAGCUCAGUACUUGCUUCGGUGAAGUUGGCGUAUCUAGGAUUCAGAAUAAGACAUCACUUGGCUUGUGUCCAGGUGUUGAUUUCCGUUUCAGGUGGAAAGCGGAUUAUGCUCUUCCAGAAAUGACUGGGCAAGUUCUAUUUUUCACCUCAUUUUCUUACCACUUUGAAUGUUAAGACCCGUAAAUCAACACUAGAACUUUGAGUUCCAGUAAAAACAUGAAAAUCCAAAAUAAUGGAUUUGGUUCUGAGUCAAUAUAAUUUAUUUAUGAAACAUCACUACAACAGUAAAACAUAUAUUUUCCAUUCAUAAAUAAGUAUAGGUCCAUCAAUGUGUGUAGUUUUCUAAUCAGCCCAAAAAGGUAUAAAUUCCGAUUUUGGUCCUACGAGUAUUGUAUCUGAUAAAUAUAUUGCCAUAGACCCCAUGGGUAUCAGUUUUACAUGAAAGAACCUUCACAAUCAUCUAAGGCAAACUCAACCGGCCGAGACUGAACUCACCAAGGCUGAGCGUAUAUCCGGUUCUCAGAUCAUUGAGAUAAGCCCGAAUCCGCAACCGAGGUCGAGCUCAAUUCCAUGACCGAGACUGGAGUCAAUUCCUGUGCAGCAACUUGACCUGAGUCUGAGUCCAACAUCAAGUAUCCAAGAUCUACAAGGCAAUGCCAGCUACCACUCAGACCAAGCUCAUUACACUCGAGUUGGGCUUCACCAUUCUGAGCUCCGCAAAAACAACUAUUGGGAAUUUUAUCAAUCCUUUUGAAAAACCGUUGAAAAUGAAAAAUGGCAGAGGCUGAGGCCUAUUCUCAACCCCGGACCACAAGUGUGACCUUCAUGGUUAAUUCUUGUGUAGUUUGAAAGAUUCAAAGAGGACAAUUCUUGCAUAUUCCUCGCCAGCAGGGUGGUCAACCACCUCCUUGGCAGCAGCGGCUUCAGCAUUCACCUUUUCCAAGGACAGGGCAUGUUCGGCAGCAAGGCCCGCCUUGACUUUUUCCAAGGCAAGGGCGUGCUCAGAAGCAGCAGCCUCAUCUCUUUUCUUUUAGCAGCCAGCCUUAACUUGCUCAGGCCUUUUCCAGCUCCUUACACUGCUCAGUAGCGGCAGCCUCGGCCUUCUCCUUAAGAAGGACCACAUCCGUCUCCAGCUGCACAAAUCUGACAACAUUAAGGCCCUAGGCUAUAUUUACAGCCCGGACCUUCUCUUGGGCCUUACACAGCUUACUCUCGGCAGAUUCAGCCCGGGUAGCCAUCACUGCCAGAACAAUGCGAGCGUGGCAGAGAUCCUGCUCUGCAGACCUAGCCCUCUCAAUCAAACUUGGGAAGGUAGCUCAGACCUGAGUUAAGCUCUAUCACACCGAGCCGAGCUUCACAGUCUCUGAGCUGGGCAUUCAUAUCUGUUCAUAUCUGAUCUAGGUAUCAUCACACUCACGCUGAGCUCAGCGCUUUGCAUAGAUAUGUGGACUUAGACAUUUUAGCACAAGCAUCUCAGCCAAAUCAAGGGCUACCUCACCGAGGAAUGACUAACUUUAGGGCUAACGUCAUCCAAUUUGUUACCGUAGCCAAUUAUCACUAUAUACGUAUGGCUUGUCCAGACAUUCUGUUAGCAAAGGACAAUCAUCCGUAUAACAAUACCAAUUAAUCAGGAUUUCUCUCACCAAUUAGCCAUACAUGUGGCACAUUCUUAUUAGACUAGCUAUUUUCUUUGUUCACUGAGUAUUGCUAAUUUUUGCAUAAAUGCCCACCUUCCGGCUUGUAGAAGGGGAUCCGUAAAUUUUAGUAUACCGUUGCUUUGCCGGAGUUUAUACUCACCUCAUACCUGUGUUUUCCGGCAACUUACUUGGAUCUUGCAUACCCCCGGUGACCCGGUCCUAAGGACUAUCAGUAUCAAUUUUAUAAUUGGCCCGUGCCUUUGACUUUGACCAUCUUUGGUAGAUGAGUAUUGCUUUUUGCCCGUAUAUGGACUCUGUUGAUAUUUCGGGUGGUUAAAAGUGCCGGAGAUACGCUGGAAAGUUAGACGGUAGGACCACAAAUGGUUAAGAAACAUUAGUCAAAUACCAAAAGUGGAUAAAGUAAAAGACAAGGACCAAAUGUGAAAUUGGCAUAAGGCUCGUAGGAUCAAAAGUGUAAUCAACUCCACAAAAAGUAACUAGCUUAUAUGUGAUGCAUCAUUGAAUUAUAUAGGUUAUUUGAAAUUGAGUUUAUGUAAAUGUAGCAUUUUCGUUUUAGAUCUCUGAAAUGAAAAUCUUUUCAUCCAUGCAUUUUUUAUUGUCUUCUUUUAGCCCCUCUCUGACUCUCCUUUAACUUUCAUUGAAUACAAAAAUUGAUGCAGCUCUCAGGACUCUAUAACCACCCCAUUCCAACUUCUUAUAACUCUUCGUACACUAUUGGUUGAAUGAAGUCUGGGCUAAGCUCGGUAUUGUCACUUUUUUGUCUAUGUGGUUCUCUGGAAAUAAAAUACCUGUUUUUUAAAAUUGAAGUGACGUGGCAAGGCAGAUUGAAGUUUUGUGAGUUACAUCAGUUGUUUUUCUUAAACAGAAAAGUUGACAGAGAGUAGGAGAAGGGCUAAAAAAACCCUGAAUUGCAGGGAUGAAAUACAAACAUGGACCUUAAACAAAAAAGCACUAUUUACUGGGCUAAAAGCAUGUUUAAUUUAAAUUAUUAAGCGUACUACGUUUAAUAUGCCAAACUCUUGAGGCAGUUAUAGGAGAAUGGGGGCUUCGGGUGGCACCCUUACUGAUAGAAGAUUUCAAUUUCGUUUUUUUGCUAUCUGAAUUUGAGCGGAUAGGGCUUUAGGUACUGAGGAGCCAUUAUUCAACAUGAGUUCUGGACGGUUAAAAGCAUCACUUGAUAGAGUUGAGGUGAUUUUUACUCAAUAAAGAAUUUUUACUAGCAAACAUGAUGGAAGCAGUGACUCUCCAUAGCACUUAUGUAUAUGAGUACAUCUUAACCGGAAAUCAAUAUUUACCAUCAUAUUCUAAUGAUUUAGUGUAUGCAUUCUUGAUUUUAGUCUGAAGGAGCUUUUUUCUUCGGAAUUUAGGCUCAAGACGUUUUUUUCUUCGGAUUUUAGUCUCAAUGACAUUCUUGAUUUAUGGACGGCAUUAUGCAUAUGUAUGUUCAAUCAUAAGACAACGAUUUCAUAUGAAGUUAGUACAUCAGCUACCUAGUUUGUGUCUUUUUUGUUCCAAGAAUAUUUGGAAUGAGAUCAGAUUGACUGGGUAACUGUUUUCCCAAAUUGGUUGAUUAAAGAACUUUGCUC